GACGUGGGUAAGGAAGUCGGGCUGGUUUCCCGGCGCCUCAGACCCCGUUACCUCAGCUUCCCCCCUUCCUUCCCCCGGGCGAGGCCCGGAGCCCCCCGAUUCCGCCAUGCUCGAUUUCUUCACCAUCUUCAGCAAAGGGGGCCUUGUCCUGUGGUGCUUCCAGGGCGUGCGCGGCCCCGCGGCGGCCUGCACUGCGCCCGUGAACGCGCUCAUUCGGUCUGUCCUCCUCCAGGAGCGAGGUGGCAGUAACUCUUUCAACCAUGAAGCCCUUACACUAAAGUACAAGUUGGACAAUCAGUUUGAGUUGGUCUUUGUGGUUGGAUUUCAAAAAAUUCUGACCCUAACCUACGUGGACAAGUUGAUAGACGAUGUUCAUAAGGAGUUCCGGGACAAAUAUCGCAAUGAAUUCCAACAGAAGGGAACUCUUGGGCUUCUCAAUGGCACCUUUGAUUUUAAAGAAGAUUUUUUACGCCUCUUACGGGAAGCAGAGGAGAGCAGUAAAGUCCGAGCUCCCACUGCCAUGAAGACAUUUGAACAGUCGGCAAAGUCCCAAAAAACAGUGAAGUCUAUGAUAGAAACUCGAGGGGAGAAACCAAAAGAGAAAACUAAGAACAAGAAAAACAAAGGUUCCAAAAAGGAAGUUUCAGGAGCUGAAACAGCUGCAGUCCCCAAAGUAGUGCCUGCUGUUAAGGAGGAGCUUCCUGUCGCAGCCGGAGACAGGGAGGAACUGACCAAGGAUGAGAUCCUGCAGAAGAACCGGGAGGAAUUCUUUAGGAAACGCCUGAAGGGGGGAGAGAAACCCAACAAGUCCCCAAAGCCGGACACCUCAAAAGACAAGGGGAAGAAGCCCAGGGUGUGGGAUCUGGGGAACUCUAAUGCCAAAGUACUUGAUUAUAGUAACUCAACUACCAAUGGAAAUGCAGACGCUUGUCCUGUGGAAGAGUAUGACCCAGAUAUGGUCCUUGCGGAUCCUGACCGUGAGCCUGGCCGUCUCCGUGAUCUGGAAUAUGAGAGUGAAGAAGAAACCGAAGAAGAGAAGGUGGUUCACAACUCUUCAAGUGCCAGCGUUAAGAAAGGUGGCCUUGGAGGCAUGUUUGGGAUGCUGAAAGGCCUUGUGGGCUCUAAAAGUUUAACCAGAGAGGACAUGGACCCUGUGCUGGAGAAGAUGAAGGAUCACCUGAUUGCCAAGAAUGUUGCAGCUGACAUUGCCGUCCAGCUCUGUGAAUCGGUUGCUAAGAAACUGGAAGGCAAAGUGAUGGGCACCUUCACCAAUGUCUUGCGCGAUGUGAUGGAUGCCCAGCGCCACCGCCGACCCUAUGUUAUCACUUUCUGUGGGGUCAAUGGAGUUGGGAAGUCGACCAACUUGGCCAAGAUUUCUUUCUGGCUGAUUGAAAACGGGUUCAGUGUCCUUAUUGCCGCCUGUGAUACGUUCCGUGCUGGAGCUGUGGAGCAGCUGCGCACUCACACUCGCCGCCUGAAUGCAUUGCACCCACCGGAGAAUCACAGCGGCCACACCAUGGUGCAGCUGUACGAGAAGGGAUAUGGGAAGGAUGCUGCUGGGAUUGCCAUGGAGGCCAUUGCAUAUGCACGUAACCAAGGAUUUGAUGUCGUCUUGGUGGACACCGCUGGCCGUAUGCAAGACAACGCCCCCUUGAUGACAGCUCUGGCCAAACUUAUUGCGGUCAACACCCCUGACCUCGUCUUGUUUGUGGGAGAGGCCUUGGUGGGAAAUGAGGCUGUGGAUCAGCUGGUCAAAUUUAACAAGGCCCUCGCUGAUCACUCUAUGGCUCAGACCCCACGCCUCAUUGACGGGAUCGUGCUCACUAAGUUUGACACUAUAGAUGACAAGGUCGGUGCUGCAAUCUCUAUGACAUACAUCACUAGCAAACCAAUAGUGUUUGUUGGUACCGGACAAACCUACUGUGACCUGCGUAGCCUUAAUGCCAAGGCUGUGGUUGCUGCUCUCAUGAAAGCCUAGCCACCAGUUAUUGCACCAAAUUCUUGUUUGCAGAUGUCCCAAGUCCUCUUAUUUUAUUUUUCCUGGCAUAGUGCAAAACAGAGUGGGGGGGGGGACACUAGAGGAAGGAGCUGCUGCUUUGGUCCUUCCCCAACAAGUUCUUCCUCUUGGUUUUCAGUAACGCACACUUUCCUUUAUGUAAUGAGUGGAUUUAAUUUGACCAGGGAGGUGCCUGUCUUAAAUCAUGUUCUACUGAUUUAAAAUUAUCCAUGCUGGUAUCAGAGCAGUUCCAGUUCUGAUAUCAGAGCAGGCUGGGACUGGUCUGUGCUGAUUCUCUUUCGCAGACUAUCCAUGCUGGCCACACACAUUGGCACUAGGUUUUGGGAGUUUUGGGGAGGGGGGGUUCUUGUUCCGACUAGCAUUCAUUGGCAACAGAAACCACAGGGUUAAUGCAGCCAGCCAGCCAGCCUUCUUCCCUGGUCUCCUUUCAUUCUACUUGCAGAGGUGAAACUAAGAGCUUUGUAUUGUUCAUCCCAGUUACUGGGUGUUAUAAAGGCUGGGGGGGGGGGUUGCUCUGCCACUAACUAAGCAUUUAAAAUGUAGCUGAGGUUCUUUUUGUGCUUCUGCAACCACUUUAAGAAUGUGCUUCAGAAAGCACUCUGGGGGAGUUGCCUUGGCCUGUGUCCUAGCAGUAAAUUGGCUGCCGUUGGUGGUGCUGUAGAGUGGAUCUAGAUGCUGCCUACUGCCAGUUCUAGUGGAUCAAGCACAACACUUGCUGCUUGCUUUCAUCGUAGUAACUCACCAAAGCUUUCAAACCAAAAAAAGGGGGGGGGAUUGAAAUGGUGAGUCCUGCUGCUUAUAGAGGGGCUUUGGGAGGGGGGGGCAUUGAUGCCUUAAACAGUCUUGCUUCCCACAGGCAGUGGGACUCUCCAUAGCAGGGCUGUCCAGAUAUUGCCCCAGACUGUGGCAUUUGCAAAGUGUGGGUCCUUGCAGGCUGUUUCUAAUAAUUAUCUCUUCACCUGAUCAGAGAGCUGCUUCUUGUUGGCAUCUCUUUUAUUGGACAAAACCCAGGCUGAGUCACACAGCUGUUGUGCACCUCCAGGGGUGUACACAGCCGCGCUUGGGCUGAAUGUGUCCCUAGUUCACUGUUGAGGAUAAGCCGUAAUUAUGCACGCCGCACCCAGUGGCUGGUUUGUACAACUGAAGCUUGUGGUCAAAAUGGAACAAGUUGGAUGCCCUCCUUACCCCUCUAACCCUGCAGAGUCCAAUCCAAGUAAGGGGAGGGGGAAUACAUAUCUGGCCCCAAGAGGAUUUGUGUGAAUGGACCCCAGUUCCGAUAUCAGUGGAGGCUGGGACUGGUCUGUGUCGAUUUUCCUUUGUGAAGGCUUCUGUAACUUUACACCAAACCUUAUUUCAGCAGCAGAGGUCCUGAUACAAAAUGGUUAGCACAAAGUAUUUGCAUGCUUCCCUUAGCUGCACUGGCUUCUUUUUGCUUUUCCAAACAAGUCUGUGAAAGGAAAUUCCUGGUGGGAAAACGCUGGUGGCUGCCUGCUGCUUUUCUCCCUCCUCCCUUCAGAGUGCCUCUCGAUCCUGGUAAUAAAAGUGCUAUGUUGGGUAAUACAAAACUCUUAUGAAGAUGUCUCGUAGCUUGGUA